UAGGGUGUGAAUAGUAGUCCCCGAGAACAAGCCCAGCAAACACAGAGAAAACAAAAAUCGGACAGUUUUCCUUUUCUUUUCCUUCUCUUUUCACCGCUAUUGACUCCAUUGUCUAGUCUAGCUUUAAAGUUUAAACAACACAUCCACCCAAACCACUUCAAACAAAAAAAAAAGUUGAAACUGAAAUUGAAAAAUUAGGAAAUAGGGAUAUUUAGGAGUUGAAAUUGGAGGUAGAAUUUAGGAAAAGGGUAAAUUAGCAGAAAGAAGAAUCGGAAAUGGAAGCAGUAGUGGAAGGACUAUGGGGAUUAGCAGAGUAUCACGAAAAUCGAGGCGAAAUCGGAAAAGCAGUUAAAUGCUUAGAAGCAAUAUGUCAAAGUCAGGUUUCAUUUUUCCCAAUUGUUGAAGUCAAAACUCGUCUUCGCAUUGCAACUCUCCUUCUUCAUCAUUCUCACAACGUUAACCACGCUAAAUCACAUCUCGAACGUUCCCAAUUGCUUUUGAAGUCUAUACCGUCUUGUUUUGAAUUGAAGUGCCGAGCUUAUAGUUUGUUGAGUCUUUGUUAUCAUCUUGUUGGAGCUAUUCCACCUCAGAAACAAGUAUUGUAUAAGGGUCUUGACCUUACUGCCUCUGCUGGAAAAGAGAUUUCAACAAAGUUGUGGUCUUGCAACUUCAAUUCACAGCUUGCAAAGGUUCUGUUAAUUGAAGGGGACUAUCGGGGUUCAAUAUCCGUCUUAGAAUGUGGGUAUGUCUGUGCUACUGAAGUACGCUCCCCUGAGUUGCAGAUGUUUUUUGCCACUUCAAUGUUGCAUGUCCACCUCAUGCAAUGGAAUGAUGAUAAUAUGGCCGAGCUUGAGCAAACUGUUAAUAAAUGCAAUGAGAUUUGGGAGUCAAUUCAGCCAGAUAAUAGACGACAAUGCCCUGGCUUGCUCUUUUAUAAUGAAUUACUGCACAUAUUCUAUUGGAUGCGGCUAUGUGAUUACAAGAAUGCUGCACCCCAUGUAGACAAUCUGGAUGCUGCUGUGAAGGCUGAUAGGAAGCAAGCACAACAUAUGCAAGAGCUAGUGAAGGAGCUCAGUGCUUUAGAUCAAAGUCUAUCCAGGUCUGAUCUUCACUACAGGGAAAAGGUAGCACUGUCAGAAAAGCAAGCAAUGAUUCAAGAACAGUUGAGAAAAAUGAAUGGGUUCAGUUCAAUUGGGCGGGAAUCUCUGGAACCAGUAUAUUUUGGGAAUGGCAGAAGGACACUAGGAGAUAAGCUUCAGUUAGCACCACCUCCUAUAGAUGGGGAAUGGCUCCCUAAAAGUGCUGUCUAUGCAUUAGUUGAUCUAAUAGUUGUUAUAUUUGGGCGCCCAAAAGGACUUUUUAAGGAGUGUGGAAAGCGCAUACAGUCUGGGAUGCUUUUAAUUCAAGAUGAGUUAGUGAAGCUUGGAAUUACUGAUUGUGUCAGAGCAGAAGUGGACUUGCAACACUCUUCUAUCUGGAUGGCUGGAGUAUACUUAAUGCUACUAAUUCACUUUCUUGAAAACAAAGUGGCCAUAGAGCUCACACGAGCAGAAUUCGUUGAAGCACAAGAGGCUUUGGUACAGAUGAAAAAUUGGUUCAUGCGGUUUCCAACAAUAUUACAGCCAUGUGAAUGUAUCAUUGAGAUGCUUAGAGGCCAAUAUGCUCAUUCUGUUGGCUGUUAUAACGAAGCUUCCUUUCAUUAUAUUGAAGCAGUAAAGCUUACAGAGAGCAAAUCAAUGCAAGCUAUGUGCCAAGUCUAUGCAGCUGUUUCUUAUACCUGCAUUGGUGAUGCUGAAUCUACUUCGCAGGCACUUGAUUUGAUUGGGCCAGUUUAUGAAGUAAUGGAUUCUUUUGUAGGAGUUAGAGAGAAAACAGGUGUUCUUUUUGUUUAUGGUCUUUUAUUGAUGAAGCAACAAGAUAUACAAGAAGCAAGAAAUCGCUUGGCGAGGGGAGUACAGCUGACACAUACUUAUUUGGGGAACCUUCAACUUAUUUCCCAAUAUUUAACAACCCUUGGCAGUUUGGCCCUUGCAAUGCAUGACACUGUACAGGCUAGGGAGAUAUUGAAAUCGUCUCUGACUUUGGCAAAGAAGCUUUAUGAUAUUCCUACUCAAGUCUGGGUGCUGUCUGUUUUGACAGCUUUAUAUCAAGAAUUAGGAGAAACAGGAAACGAAAUGCAGAAUGUUGAGUUUCAGACUAAAAGAUCUGAAGAUCUUCAAAAGAGACUGGCUGAUGCACAAGCAUCCAUAUAUCAUAUUGAAAUAAUUGAUAAAGUAAGAUUUGAAGUUCAAAGGUUACAUGAGUUUGACAUCAAGCGUGCAAUGGCAGGCCCAACUGUGGAAGUCAAUCUUGAUAUUCCAGAAUCUAUUGGCCUGUCAGCACCCUCACAUGCUCCAUCAUCAUCAAGGCUAGUUGAUAUAGAUGGUAGUAAUAAAAGACGUGGAAAACGGAGAAUUUAGUGUUUUCCUCAUUGAAGUGAACCCUGUAUAUUGUUGUGAAUUAAUUACAGGUAAUUGCUCGAAGGUGCAAGCAGGUUGAAGAGUUUUACCGAUAGGUUUCAUCGUACCUCUUGUCCACAAGGCUGUCUAUCAUUCAUGCAUCGCUGUUAAAGAUCCUGUACAGUUAAUAUAGUAUGUACUCAUAAGUUAACUGAGUAGGAUAGAUGGUAGAACUCACUGGUUGACAUGUUACAAAUAGGGAUUUUUUUGUAUCUAAAUAGUAAAAAGUAGAAUAGGUUUUAUAUAAGAGUUAAGUCAACUUCUUGUGUUCGAUUCAGCUAUUUAUAGCAUUUGUUUUUAGUUCAUAGAUGUCAUUUUGGUUUCUAAUUUAGUGAUGUCAUGUUGGAAAUCAAUUGCAAAAGUGUUGAGCAAAUAGAUUUUCAUGUAUACCAAAAAUUAAAUAUUUAUCUUUGACAAGGAACAUCGUUUGCCCUA